GUACGUGAAACAAUGAUUUAAAAAAGUGCCGUGUGUUAGUCUAUCCUUCACAAGCAUGCGCGCGCACGGGUUAGGGUUAGAUAAGGGGAGGGGAAAGGUAACGAUAGGAAGAGGAAUAGGGUGUUUGAGUUUAUAAGUGAGCGAGAGGGAGGGAGAGGGAUAGAGAUAGAGAGAGCAGCGUGCGAAAAUAGGGGGUGGUGCUGAACGAACAGCUCCGAGAAAACGCACGCUUCGGCGUUAAAGUCAUCAUCGGAACUGGCCGUCCACCGGCGCACCCCCGGUCCUCUCUGACCAGACCAAGCGGAGCCAUGAACCAGCCCAGCUCGCCGUCCUCAAGAUCCACCGUCAAACUUCUGGAGCCCACCAACUCACCCUGACCAUGAAGAGGCAAAACGUGAGGACCCUCGCGCUGAUCAUCUGCACGUUUACCUACCUGCUGGUCGGAGCGGCUGUUUUCGAUGCCUUGGAGUCUAAGAAGGAGACUACACAGAAGAAGAAGCUGGACGCGAGGAAACGGGAGCUGAUGGAGAAAUACAACUUGUCCAAAGUCAACUUCGAUGAGCUGGAAGGGGUGGUAUUGCAGCUGAAGCCGCACAAGGCAGGAGUCCAGUGGAAAUUCGCAGGUUCUUUUUACUUCGCCAUCACUGUGAUCACGACAAUAGGAUACGGUCAUGCUGCUCCCAGCACGGACGGCGGUAAGGUGUUCUGCAUGUUCUACGCGCUGCUGGGCAUCCCGCUGACGCUGGUCAUGUUCCAGAGCCUGGGCGAGCGCAUCAACACGCUGGUGCGCUACCUGCUGCACCGCCUCAAGAAGUGCCUGGGUCUGCGGCGCGCCGAGGUCAGCAUGGCCAACAUGGUGUUCAUCGGCUUCGUGUCGUGCAUGAGCACGCUGUGCGUGGGCGCGGCGGCCUUCUCGCGCUACGAGGACUGGAGCUUCUUCCACGCCUACUACUACUGCUUCAUCACGCUCACCACCAUCGGCUUCGGCGACUACGUGGCGCUGCAGAAGGACCACGCGCUGCAGACCAACCCCAAGUACGUGGCGUUCAGCUUCAUCUACAUCCUGACGGGCCUCACGGUCAUCGGGGCCUUCCUCAACCUGGUGGUGCUGCGCUUCAUGACCAUGAACGCCGAGGACGAGCGGCGCGACGCCGAGCAGCGGGCACUGCUGUCGCGCACCGGCGCCGCCGGGGCGAUGGGCAUGGCCGGCGGAGGCGGGGGCGGGGGAGGGGGGCGGUAUCACUUCGCCCCCGACCCGCCCUCGUACUCGUCGGCCGCUUCGGAGCUGGGGGCGGCCUGCUCCGGCGGCGGCGGCGGCGGCGGAGGCGGAGGUUCUGGCAGCGGGGGCGGAGGAGGGGGAGGUGCCAGUCGCGGGCUGCGGAACGUCUACGCGGAGGUGCUGCACUUCCAGUCCAUGUGCUCGUGCCUGUGGUACAAGAGCCGCGAGAAGCUGCAGUACUCCAUUCCCAUGAUCAUCCCACGCGACCUCUCGACCUCUGACACCUACGUGGAGCAGGGCGAGGCUUUCUCCAGCAGCCCUCUGCCUCUUCACCCCAAUGGCUGCGCCUGUGGCCUGCAGAGGCCCUCCGCCAUCAGCUCCGUCUCCACCGGCCUGCACACCCUGGUGCCCUCCUACCGCGGACCUUCCAAACGGCGCUGCUCCGUUUAGUGGCACGGAGGUCUAAACAGCAUCAUUGUGUCGGCCUUCACUGGAGGCUAGUUGCCUGGAUGUAGAGUCUAUAGGUGACUCCAGCACUAGGCAGAGGAAGGCUUUCUUUUCUUUUCCUUUUCCAGAGUCUUUCUACAGAUGAACUUCCUGAAAGGAAAUUGCAGAAAUGGUUCCUUCCUCCCCCUAAAACAUACUCUAUGCUACAUACUGUAUGCUACAUACUCUAUGCUACAUACUGUAUGCUACAUACUCUAUGCUACACUGUGGAUGACAAGAGUUUUAAUGAGGGAAUCAUAUACUGUAGAUUAUAAGAAUGCUUGUAGUCGUUACAAUGACCUGACUUUAUGUGAAGUAUGUAUUUUUUUCUAACAGAAACCUAACAAAGAACACUUUGGAACACUAGUUCACACCAGUAAAAAGUGUACAUAUAGAUAUAUAUUUGUUAUAAGACAACUAUUUAAGCUACAUAGGCGUGAUCAGGAGAGACUUACACUUUCUGUUGGUAGAUUCCAAUACAUAUUCUUACAUAUCUCUUUAUCUGAGCUGCAGUUUUAAGCCAAACACUUCCUGUAAUACGACACCUCUGUCACUAUGUCUUUGUGGUAUGUCAUUUGCAGUUUCUCAGUCAUCUUUGUCAGGUUUUUUUUGGUUUGCUUGUUCGUUAUGUACUUGUUUUAAACAAUAAGUAAUCAUAUGCAUUUGACCAUUUGAUUUCGAGCACAUGGUGUCCCACUGUGUAUGGUAAACACAAUUUAGUUAUACAUACUGCUGCACUUUAGAUCGCGCUUUUAUUGUCUGUUUGUCUGUUUGUUGUUUCGUUUAUUUUUUUUUGUUAGUACUCUGUUCAACAGUGCACACUCAUUGAACUGUGUUUAAUUUAUGAUGAUGCACCUUUUCAUUUUAUUUACCAGAAUGAUCACUGAUCUUCUGUUGAUUGCAUGGUUGAUAUGUGUUUGUAAUGAGAUCAUUCAUAUGUCAGUUGCUUUCAUGUCCUACCCUGGAGUAAAGCAACAGGGUUUUAAAAGAUUUCAACUAGGCCAGUGAGGAGGUGAUAUCUUCUAGCAGCGUGUCUUUACCUCUCUGCUUUUCCAAAUUGGGAACGACCAGUGUGUGUCCGAAACUUCAUGUUGACACAUUGGGAAUAGAAUGUCAUGGGAGCUUUUUUUGGGAGCAUUUAAGGGGAAAGAGAAAAAUCUCUUAGUCAGAUUCAGGAUUAUCUGGAUGGCAAUACUGAACUGUCUCUUUGUUGAGUUGGAAUUUACCUGCCAUUGAUAAUUCUAAUUUUAUUAAUAAAAAAAAAUCCUUACCGAG